GUGGUGGUGGUGUCGCGCGAUCUUCAUGGGUUCGUGAAGCGAAGGCCUCCACGGCAGUGGCUGCUGCUGAGUCUUCCCGCCGCAGCCUGUCACCGGAACUCUGGAGCGGCCGCGUCGAAGCAGAAAUGCCGCCGCCCCCGCCUGGCUGUGGCCUGUUCUGGCUCGGCCUGGUCCUGGGCUCCAUCUGCACCGCCCUCCAGUUCGCGACGCAAGCUAACUCUGCGACAGAUGCUCUGAAUGUCCUUCUUAUCAUUGUGGAUGACCUGCGCCCCUCUCUGGGUUGUUAUGGGGAUAAGCUAGUGAGGUCCCCAAACAUCGACCAGCUGGCAUCCCACAGCCUCCUCUUCCAGAAUGCCUUUGCCCAGCAAGCAGUGUGUGCCCCGAGCCGCGUGUCCUUCCUCACCGGGAGGAGACCUGACACCACCCGUCUGUAUGACUUCAACUCCUACUGGAGGGUGCACUCUGGAAACUUCUCCACCAUCCCCCAGUACUUCAAGGAGAAUGGCUACGUGACCAUGUCGGUGGGAAAAGUCUUUCACCCUGGUAUAUCUUCCAAUCACAGUGAUGAUUCUCCAUAUAGCUGGUCGUUACCUCCUUAUCAUCCCUCCUCUGAGAAGUACGAGAACACUAAGACAUGUCGGGGGCCAGAUGGAGAACUUCGUGCCAACCUGCUUUGCCCUGUGGAUGUGGUGGAUGUGCCAGAGGGCACCUUACCUGACAAACAGAGCACUGAACAAGCCAUACAAUUGCUGGAAAAGAUGAAAAUGUCAUCCAGUCCUUUCUUCCUGGCUGUUGGCUAUCAUAAGCCACACAUCCCCUUCAGAUACCCCAAGGAAUUCCAGAAGUUAUAUCCCUUGGAGAACAUCACCCUGGCUCCUGAUCCCCAGGUCCCUGACAGGCUACCCCCUGUGGCCUACAACCCCUGGAUGGACAUCAGGCAGCGGGAGGACGUCCAGGCCUUAAACAUAAGUGUGCCCUAUGGUCCAGUUCCUGUGGACUUUCAGCGGAAAAUCCGCCAGAGCUACUUUGCCUCUGUUUCCUAUUUGGACACACAGGUGGGCCACCUUUUGAGUGCUUUGGAUGAUCUUCAGCUGGCCAAUAACACGAUCAUUGUGUUUACCUCAGAUCAUGGGUGGGCUCUAGGUGAACACGGAGAAUGGGCCAAGUACAGCAAUUUUGACGUCACCACUCGUGUGCCCCUGAUGUUCUAUGUUCCUGGAAAGACGGCUUCAUUUCUGGAGGAAGGAGAGAAGCUUUUUACUUACCGUGACCCUUUUGAUUCUGUCUCAGAGUUGAUGGAGCCAGGCAGUCAAUCCAUGGACCUCGUGGAACUUGUGUCUCUGUUCCCCACGCUGGCUGGACUUGUAGGACUCCAAGUUCCACCUCGCUGUCCCAUUCCUUCAUUUCAGGUUAUGCUGUGUAGAGAAGGCCGGAGCCUUCUGAAGUAUUUUCAGUUCCAUGACAUGGAAAAGGAUCCAUACCUCCAUGGUAAUCCCCGUGAAUUGAUUGCCUACAGCCAGUACCCCAGGCCAGCAGACGCCCCCCAGUGGAAUUCCGACAAGCCGAGUUUAAAAGACAUAAAGAUUAUGGGCUAUUCCAUUCGCACCAUAGACUAUAGAUAUACCGUGUGGGUUGGCUUCAAUCCUGAUAAAUUUUUGGCUAACUUUUCUGACAUCCAUGCAGGGGAACUGUAUUUUGUGGAUUCUGACCCAUUGCAGGAUCACAAUAUGUAUAAUGAUUCCCAAGGUGGAAAAAUUUCUCGAUCACUGAUCCCUUGAGUUUUGUUAACCACAGAGAGCAAAUAAAAUGUGCUCCCUUCCAGUUAGUGAGAAGAGGAGUUGAGCUAGUUAUUUAGUGAUUACCCAUAAUAUUGCAAACCACCUGAGGGAUAGGUAAUCCAAACAGACAUUAACAAUUUGGUCUAAGAGUUUGUAACAGGCCAGCCUUUUCAUUUUGUCUCCAUUAAUUUAUAAUUGGUAA